AUGCCUCUGCACUGGUUCGUCACUCUGAGCUGCCUUGCAGUUUCUCUCCUCCUCCCUGCAGCUGUUGGCACCCAAAGAAGAAAAGUUUGUGAUUGCAAUGGGAAAUCCAGCCAGUGCAUGUGGGACCUGCAGUUGCUCAGAGAAACAGGGAACGGAUACCGGUGCCUCAACUGUGCUGACCACACGGAGGGAGCGAACUGUGAGAGGUGCAAGGAAGGCUUCUUUCGCCGGCAUCCUCGAGAGCGUUGCAUGCCCUGCAGGUGUGACCCCACAGGUUCUGCCGGUGUCCAGUGUGACGUGCAUGGACGAUGCCGCUGCAAGCGCGGCGUCACAGGCGAUAAAUGUGAGCGGUGCCAAGACGGUUUCCAGUCUUUCUCAGAGGCCGGCUGCAGUGCAGUGGCGCACACCCAGCUCUCCAGGUGUGAUUGCAAUCCUGCAGGAAGCACCGGUCAGUGCGUUUCCAGGCGCUGUGUCUGCAAGGCAGCCGCUGCAGGAGAUCGAUGCGACAGCUGCAAGCAGGGCUAUUAUAACCUCGAUGCAGGAAACCCCGAGGGCUGCUCUCGGUGCUUCUGUUAUGGGCACUCCAGUACAUGCUCCAGUGCUGAAAAUUAUAGUAUCCAUAAAAUCUCCUCGACCUUCCAACAAGGUGAUGAGGGCUGGCAAGCUCAAGGAAACGGGUCCCCUUUGCAGCUCCAGUGGUCUCCACAUCACAAGGAAAUUUACGUGGCAACAAGACAGAAGGAUCCCAUUUAUUUCGUGGCUCCAGCCAGGUUCCUUGGGAAGCAGCAACUGAGUUAUGGGCAGAUGCUGUUCUUCAAUUACCGUGUGAACAAACCUGGACGACGUCCUUCACAGCAGGAUGUAGUCCUGGAGGGCGCUGGCUUCAGAGUCACUUCCCCACUCAUGCCCAAUGGAAAGGUGCUGCCUUGUCAAGCUCGCAAGACCUACACAUUCAGGUUGGAUGAGCACCCGAGUAGCAACUGGAGUCCGAGGCUGACGAGCACAGAAUUCCAUCAAUUAAUUGAUAACCUGACAGCUCUUCGGAUCAGAGCCACUUAUGGAGACAGCACGGGGUACCUCAGCAACGUCAUCCUGGUCUCAGCACAGCCCGGAGCUGGCCCCAUGGCCCCCUGGGUGGAGCAGUGCGAAUGCCCGAGCGGAUACCAGGGGCAGUUCUGCCAGAGAUGUGCUCCCGGGUACCGGAGAGAGAAUUCUGCUGGACGGGGGGCUCUCGGCGACUGCAUCCCGUGCAACUGCCAGGGUGGCGGAACGUGUGAUCCGGACACUGGAGAUUGCUACUCUGGAGAUGAAAACAGGGAGCUGAGAAGCACUGCCUGCCCGAGCGGCUUCUACAGCCUUCCCUGGGACCCACAGAGCUGCCGGCCUUGUCCCUGCCAAAGCGGCUACGGCUGUACGGUGCUGCCCGGGACACACGAAGUGGUUUGCGAUAGCUGCCCCCUGGGAACGAGUGGACCUCGCUGUGAAUUGUGUGCGGAUGGCUAUUUUGGAGACCCCUUGGGCGAGCGCGGCCUGACGCAGCCCUGCCAGGCAUGCCGGUGCAGCACCGAUGACCCCAAUGCAUCCGAGGUGUGCAACCCGUUGACCGGGAAGUGCCAGUGCAAGGCUGGGUUCUUCGGAGACCCUUCGUCCCCAGACCCAGCAGAGAAAUGCCGAGCCUGCAACUGCAAUUCCGUGGGUUCGGAGCCUCUGCAGUGUCGCAGUGAUGGAAGCUGCAUUUGCAAGCCGGGAUUCGAAGGGCCAAGCUGCGAGCACAACCGAUGUCCGGCCUGCUAUAGUCAAGUAAAAGCUCAGGUUGAUCAGUACCUCCAGCAGCUGCGGGGACUCGAAGCCCUCAUCCAGCAGGCGCAGUUCACCGGAGAACAAGUAGAAAAUGCAGAGCUAGAGAGGAAAAUGAGCGAGGUGGAGGAAAUGCUUCAGCAGGUCCUGAGAGAAGCUCGGAGCUUGCAAGCUUCCGAUAGGUCUCUGGGGAGCCGGGGGUCCAAGCUGAAGGCACAAGAGCUGGCCUACCAGGGUCACUUGGAUGAGAUCCGCGAGACGGCCCGCAGGCUGCAGUCCCUGGGCAGCCAGUACCAGAGCCAGGUGCAAGACACCAGGAGGUUCCUCGAGAGAGUCCGCCUGGAUCUGAAGCAAAGCCAGGCCAGACUGGAAGGCCAGAUCAUUCCAUCCCCCGGCUCUGCUGGAAGCACAGGCACAUUUAUAAACCUUGCCCAAGAAGCCUUGAAGUUAGCGAACAGUCACACACAGAUGGCAAACACGAUAGAGCAAGCAGCCAAAGCGGCCGAAGACGCCUCGAAACAAGCGCUGGCCUUCCUGCAGUCGUCGACGGGCGGAAAAGGCAUCCUGGCCAACUCCGUGCAAGGCCUCCGCAGAAAAUAUGAAGAAGCAAAGUUGCUCUCAAGCGAACUGGAGGCUGAUGCCAACAGAGCAGCAUCCAGUGCUGACGGGGCCUACCAGGGCAGCCAGUCGCUCCUCCUUUCUCUGGCUCAGCUAUCAAAGAUUGACACUGCCCUCUUCCAGAAAGAGGCCAGACAGCUCCAGCAGAAAGCAGACUCUCUGACAGGCUUGGUAGAAAUGCACAUGGCAGAGUACAAGCAGUUACAAAGCAGCUUGGCAAAUUGGGAGGAAGAGAUGAAAGGACUCUUGCAAAAAGGACAAAAUGACAAAGUGGCUUCAGCCCAGCUUUUGUCCCGAGCCAACCUGGCCAAGACUUCGGCCCAGCAGGCCCUGAGUGCAGGCAAUGCCACCUUGGCCGACGUCGAUGGCAUCCUGAAGAGUUUGAGGGAGUUCACACUUCAAGUGGGCGACAAACAAGAAGAGGCCACGGAGGCCAUGCAAAGACUUCCUCUCAUCAGCAACAUGGUGGCCGGUGCCAACGAAAAGACCAGGCGGGCCGAGGCGGCCCUGGACGCUGCCACCGCAGAAGCCCAGGCAGCCAGGAGACUGGCCGGGGAGGCCAAGGAGAUGGCUCAGGGCAUCAAUCAGGAUGUGGGGCGGCUGGCCCUGGAAGCCAACAGGUCAGCAGACGGAGUGCUGGCCUUGGAGAGGGGGAUCGCGUCUCUGCGUCAAGAGGCCAAAGGCAAGGAAGACGCGCUGUACCGGAAGACCCUUGAGCUCGAUGCGGAGGCCAGCACGGCCCAGGAGGUCCUUCAGCAGUCCCAGAGAGCCAGGGCAGCAGCCGGAGGAGCUGGAAGUGUCGUCCAAGAAAUGCUCCGGGCCCUAGAAGACCUCCUGCGUAUGAUGGACCAACCCGAGGCCGUGGAUGAGCACGGUGUCAACUUGCUUGAAAUGGAUCUCAGGAGGGCCAGAGCGAGACACAGCCAGCUGAAAGAGCUCCUGCUGCAGCUGGAGGGAACAGCCAGCCAGCAGAAACGUCGGAUCCAGACGCUGGAGCAGAGCAUCCAUGAGAUCCUCGCAGAUAUCAAGAACCUGGAGGGCAUCCGGGACAACCUCCCUCCAAAGUGUUAUAACAUCCAGCCCAUCGAGACACCAUGA